AGUAGCACUGGUACUUACCAAGAGGCUCCGAACGAGAUUCAAAACCCUCCAUUUCUCUGAUUGAGGCUCACACACUAGACACACUCAAAAACACGCACUCGCGUUGUUCUCUUUCUUCAUGGAAGACGAUGAUGAGUUCGGAGAUCUCUAUACUGAUGACGUCUUAAAGCCUCUAACGACGUCGUUUCAAUCUCAACCUCAGCAGCAGCAGCAGCAGCAGCAUCCACCUGCUCCGCCUCCUCCUCAGUUCCAGCGUGAAAAUAAAGAAUCAUCCAAACCGACGGCGUAUCAAGGCCGUCCGAUCGAUCUAAACGUCAAUAGAGAUAAGGAUGAUGACGACGACGAUGAUGAUGAGGAUAAAUUUUUCCGAGCUGCGAAUUCCAGUUCUACUGGAAAGAUUCAAACCCUAGCCUCGUCGCAAUCCGGAUUCUAUUCUCGUCCUGACCCGACGAAUUUUGAUUUGAAUAAGAUUUCCGGUCAAGUGGAGGGCAGCUCGGGGGGUUUAGCUGGGGCUGGAUCGGAUUCGCAAGCUAGGGUUUUGGGGACGAAGGAAGGAGAUGCGAAAUUGCCGGAAAGGGCUCGGGGGAGUUCCGGCUUAGGUGACGACGCUGAUAUUGACGUCAUGGUUGAAGAGAGGGACGAAAAAGACGACAAUUUCGUUGUUAAAGGUGGAAAUUUGACGGAUAGAAGUGGAAAUGUUGAGAAUUUUGGCACGGGAGACCCGAUGAUUCCGGGGCUGUCGAUUCCCGGAGUUUCUGGCAGAGUAGAAAGCCGUGCCAACGCUAAUUAUGAUGAUGAUUGGGAUAGUGAUAGCGAGGAUGACUUGCAAAUCGUGUUGAAUGAUACUAAUCAUGGGCCGAUGGGGAUGGAGAGGAUGGGAGGAGGAGGAGGAGGAGGAGGUAUGGGGGAUGAAGAUGACGACGAUGAGGAUGACGAAGAUGGGGAGCCAUUGGUGAUUGUUGCAGACAAUGAUGACCCGAGCCAUCAGCCAAUGAUGAUGGAAGAGCAAGAUUGGGGAGGCGAGGAAGUGGGAGCUGGUGGCGAUGGGGAGAAAAAGGAAUUAGGUGAAGCUGCAAAAAUAAAUGGGGCAGGAGGUGGAGCUGUGGCGGCACAGAAGAUUGGGUAUAGCGGUCACGGGUAUCAUCAUCCGUUCCAUUCACAGUUCAAGUAUGUGAGACCUGGUGCGUCACCAAUGCCUGGAGCAGCUGCUAUGGGUCCCGGGGGCACUUCAGGUCAAGUUCGUCCACCUGUGAGCAUGGUUCCUGGUGCUGGACGUGGCAGAGGUGAUUGGCGACCGACUGGAGUAAAGGGUCCUCCAGCAAUGCAGAAAGGUUUUCAUCCAGGCUAUGGAAUGCCUAUUUGGGGAAGUGGGGCUUCAGGACGUGGAUUGGAGUUUACACUUCCAUCACAUAAGACCAUAUUUGAAGUUGACAUUGAUGGUUUUGAGGAAAAACCAUGGAGACAUGCUGGUGUGGAUAUAACAGAUUUUUUCAACUUUGGAUUGAUCGAGGAAAGUUGGAAAGAUUAUUGCAAACAGCUCGAGCAACUCCGUCUUGAAACAACAAUGCAAAGCAAAAUUCGUGUUUAUGAAAGUGGGAGAACAGAACAGGAGUAUGAUCCAGAUCUUCCACCUGAGCUUGCAGCAGCUGCUGGUAUUCAAGAUACUCCAUCUGAAAGCUUGAAAGUUGGGAAGCCAGAUGCUGUUCAAAAUGACUUAGGAAGAGUACAUGCUCGUGCGCGACCACCCGUGCCAACUGGAAGAGCAAUACAAGUGGAAACUGGUUAUGGUGAACGUCUGCCGUCUAUUGACACUAGAAAACCGCGGAUUAGUGAUUUAGAUGUAAUUAUUGAGAUUGUGUGUCAAGACCCUGCUGGUGAUGAUACGAACACUGGAAAUGAGAUGACAGAGCAAGCUGACAAUGAUCCUUCGAGGGAGGAUCUUAGGGAUGGUGAUGAGUUUGAAGACCUUCCCAAAGAAGAUACUGAAGAUGUGGAUCGUGUUCCACAUGCUCACAGCAGUCGCAGGAGGGAAGUUGUGGGUGGAAGAGUGCCAAUUUCGAAAUCUGUUCAUGAUAACUUGGCUGAAGGAAAUGGCGAUUUGCCUCUCUCUUCAGAAGCACCGUCAGCAUCCCAUCCUGACUCUAGAGAACAGACCCCUGUUUAUCCUGGUAGAGAUUUUGCUCAUGAGGAGAGGCGGACAAAGGAGAGAGCACGUGACAGUUCCCCCAUGAUUGCCAAUAAGGAUUGUACUGCCGAAGAACGAAUAACUGAUAAUAAAGAAUCUUCAGUUGAAAGUUUAGAAGGCAAACAUAGUCUUCCAUCAUCUCCUCUAGCUGUUCGAGGUGCUAGUGAACAAAAUAGUGAACCUAAAGAUGCUAUGAAUGAUGAAGUUGCCCUGACUGAGAUAGGCUCUGACAUGAUUGACAAGGAUGUGUCUUUGAAUGCUAAAACAAGUAGUGAUUCACUUACAGAUGAAACAGGGAACCAUGCUUUGAAAAAACAGAAAGUGAGUUCAAAUGAUGAACAGCAUCUGCCGCAAGAAAUUGAUGAGGAUGAAGACUCAAAAGCUGCAAGAAGUAGUGAAAAUAGUAAAGCAAAAUCAGGAAGUAGCAAUUACCGGAAGCUACGGGACAGUGUUGAAGAAGAAGAGGUUCAAGGAGCGCGCUCAAAACACAUGGGUAAUCUUAAAAGGUCAACUGUGGGCAGCGAGGACAGUGUCCGAAGGAAAGUUCGUGAUGAUAGACAAGAAAAUGAUAGACACCGCACCUCAGUGAAAGGGAGGGAAGAUUUAUAUCAGCAUAAAGGGUUGGAUCCUUAUUCUGCACAUCCUUCUCGAGGGAAAUCUGUGAAUAUAGACCUGCGAAAGGAUAUGGAUAGUAUUGAGGGAGCCCGUCAUCGCAGAGAAGAAGAUUUGCAUGGGAGGAGACCUAGAGCUGAAGACACAAGAAAAAGGGAGCAUAGGGAUGAGACUGAUUCUAGACACCGCAGUAAGGUUCGAGAAAUUGAAAGGGAUGAAAAAGAUGAACAUUAUCAAUUGAGAAAACAAUUGGAUAAUGGGAAUUGGAAAGGCGGUUAUGAUAAAGAUGUGGGAUUGAGGCACAGAGACAGGGACGAUAAUGUGAAAAGUCGAAAUGAAAUAAUAGAUGACCUUCACAACAAGAGAAGGAAAGAAGAUGCACAGUUAAGGAGGGAGCAUGCUGAAAAGGAAGAAAUGUUGCAUGCUCAUCGAGAAAGUAGCAGUCGUAGAAAGAGAGAAAGGGAUGAUGUGUUAGAUCACCGGAGGAGGGAUGACCAAGUAAGAAUGAGAGAUGAUGAUCAACAUGGUGUUAGGUACAAAGAAGAGGGAUUGUUUCAGAGGGAAAGGGGCGAGAGGCAACGAGAGCGAGAGGAAUGGCAUAGGCUUAAACAAUUGAAUGAGGAUAUUCCAUCAAAGAAGGAGAAAGAAGACUUGCGGGUUGGAAUGAGGAGUGGGCGAGCUACUGAAGAGAAAACAUGGGGCAGUCAAUCUAGAGGCAAAGAUGACCGCAGAAGUUCUGAUAAGGAGUACCAUUCAAAGGAUGCAUUGCGGCAGAGUGAGUUAAUCAACAGGAGGGAUCGAGCUGAAAAUGAGAGUCUUUCACAACAUAGGGGUCGUGAGGAGUAUUAUGCACAUGGGAACCAGCUCAAUACUGACGAGAGAAGAGGAGCAAGGCAUGAGAGGAUGAACACUCGUGAUGAUCGGGCUGCCAAUGUUGAGAACUACAAGGUGCAUGAGAGAAAACACAGAGAAAAUCCAAGGAAGGGUAAGGAAUCUGAGAGUGUUGAUCGGAAUUCCUUGGCCCGUUCUAGGAAGAAUCAAGAUGAAAUCAGUGCGCAGACAAGCGACAUGGUGAGAUUCAAAGGCAGAAUUGAGCAGGGAAAAAGUGAAAAUGAGAUCCAUGUGAAUAUUCCGCCAUCUAAAAAGCAUAGGGAAGAGGCUUCAUCAGAUGAUGAAGUGUCGGAAUCCAGGAGGGGACGCUCCAAACUAGAACGCUGGACCAGCCAUAAGGAAAGGGAUUUCAGUAUCAGCAGCAAGGCUUCAUCUUCCGUGAAGAUGAAGCAGCCUGAGGCAUACGGUAGUGGCGGGCCUUCCAUUGGCAGCAAACUUCAUGAUGAAGCUUCUAACCCAGUGGAGGAUAAGCAACACCCCUCAGGUAAUGAGAAAGAUGCUGCCAGUUUGGAGACGAAUAACACUGAUAAGAAGCCCAUAGAGGAUAGACACUUGGACACUGUGGAAAAACUAAAGAAGCGCAGUGAACGUUUCAAACUUCCAAUGCCGAGUGAGAAAGAAGCCACAACAGUCAAAAAGGUGGAAAAUGAAGCUUUGUUGUCUGCCCAAAGUGAAAGUCGUGCAGAUUUUGAAGUUAAAGCAGAGCGUCCAGCUCGUAAAAGGAGGUGGACCGGCAAUUAAUUGCGAGAAGACAUUGAUUUUAGGUGGAUAAAGCAGUUCACUUCGUGGAGCAAAUAUCUCAUUGGCUAUCAUAUUUUUAAAUUUGGCACCCUCGUGGAGAUGUCCUUCAUAUGUGAUUUGCGUACCUCUUUGAUUCAGAGUUCUGUACCUUUCAGCAUAGAGGAUACGACCUUGUGAUGUGCUGCAGGCAGCCAUCUAUUUCAGUUCUAAACUUUCUGUUAUUGUCAUCUGAAGUAUAUGUAUAUACUGAUAAAUGUUGACAUCAUACCUCAGCAAGCUGGGUAAUAGAAAGUUUGAUAGUGUUUGUAGUUAGUGUAUUACUAGUAGCAAUUUGUAUUGCAUGGUCACCUAAUGUUCCUGACCAUGCCAAGAUCGGAUCUGGAUUGCCUGAUGCCUCGGUGCUUUUGGAGGAGAAGCUCUUCAUUUGCUGCUUUCCUCAAAUUAUAGUAAGGGAAUGGGAGAUACUGCGCAGCCAGAACAUGGAGCCGGGGUCUUCGUGAAACCUGUAGGUAGGAGCUCGUAGGUUAUUUGAAUGAGAUUAGAUUUUACCUGUUUUAGAUUGCAAUGUAUUCUAGAUGUAGAGCCUUUUUGAGUCACAAAGGCAACAGGCUAUAUAGCGAUUCAUACAUCUUCAUUGUGCUGAGACCUCUAAUGGAGUGACAAACAUAUGGUCAAAAGCAAUAUAGAAUGCAAUAUUUAGACCAGUUCGCUUU